UGCCCCAUAACAACACUGACGUAAUAACCACGUCCCGCAGCCGCUAGAGAGAAGUCACACGGGCUACAAUGGCAACACACGGAAUUGUCAACCGGCAGUUCAAAUAACAAGUGGACCCAGAGGAGAAACAGAGGCCUCAGCAUUCACAUAGCAGGGCCCUGAUAAGAAGCAGCGCGGAGUUAUCGCGAGACUUCAAGCUAUCCAGCCUCUCAGUACUCAGCUUCCUUGUGUUAUUGUACCCCGCCCCCUGUCGGUAAGCGCUGGAACAGAGGGGAGGAGCCACCGACUCACUGGGCCAAGUAAACUUCCCUAGUGCCGGAAGGUCAGACCAGAGCAGGGAACAUGGCAGCCGCUGCAAAGCUACUGGGGAUCUCUCGCUGCUUGUUAGCCAGCUCCAGGCUCCGUGUCCCCGCUGCGCGCACUGUAUUGGGCCAGAGCAGCCGCUGCCUGGGGCUCCGGCACUUUCGCUGGUUCAGCUCGGAAGAUAAAGUGACAGUGAAGUUUAUAAAUCGAGAUGGAGAUACCCUGGUAGCAGAAGGAAAGGUCGGGGAAUCCCUGCUGGAUGUAGUUGUAGGAAAAAACCUAGACAUUGAUGGCUUCGGUGCUUGUGAAGGAACGCUCGCCUGCUCUACCUGCCACCUCAUCUUUGAAGACCACGUAUUUGAGCAGCUGGAGCCAAUCACUGAUGAAGAGAUGGAUAUGUUGGAUCUCGCCUAUGGACUGACUGAUACGUCCCGGCUGGGCUGCCAGAUCUGCCUGAAGAAAUCCAUGAACGGAAUAAUGGUGAAAGUGCCAGACUCUGUGGCCGAUGUCCGGCAGGCGGUGGAUAUGGGCAAGAAUUCAUGAGACGUAGACUUCUUCAAAAAACGCUGCCUUUUUAUAAGAUUUCAUGAUUCUGUGUAAUUAUCACUAACUUCUAUGCGCUAGACUGAACCAAUGGUUUGAAUGUAUUUCUAAUUUUGCCUAUAAAUAUAAAUACAUAGAUUUUGUACAUUA